UGUGCCUCAGUGACUCAGCAGGAACCACCUACAAAAGAGAGAGCUGCAGAUAAAUCGAGCAGUGUGUAUCUGACCCUGUGUGUGCGUGUCAGUGUCUUGAAGCUUUGACAGCAGCGAUGGCCAGGUGGACUGGAACAUUGCUGCUCUGCGUGACUCUCCUGCAGAUAUUGAGAAUGACCACCACCUUCCCCAAAGGAGCCCCUGAGUCAGCCUGUGAGGACAUGAUGCCUCAUCACACCGGGAUCAAGCCACAGCCCGGCCUGGCGCCCUACACCAUCCAAGUCAGUGUCAGCUCCUUUGAGACCGGGGUGCCAGUCGCAGUUAGGAUCCAGGGUCCGGAUUACGGGGGGCUGCUGCUGGAAGCUCGCGUGCCUGGCAGUACCAAUGCUCUGGGUUCGUGGCAGGUGCCCCCUGAAAACACCAAGUUCUUACAGUGUUCGGGGAACCCGCAAGGCGCAAUCACUCACGCAAACAUUAAUCCCAAGAACAAGGAGACAGUGUACAUGUGGACUCCGACCUCCAGUAACUGCAGCAUCCAGUUCGUGGCUACUGUGGCACAGGACCGCCAGGUUUACUGGCUGAAUGUGACAUCCGAAAUGCUGAGAGGGCGUGCUGCCGAGACUGGGGAAGGUCGGCUGGUGCUUCUGUCCAGUCUCCUACUGACACUGCUGAGUUCCAGAUAGACAGCAGCUCCUGCUUUGCAGCCUAACUGGUCCUGGAUACAAUCUAAAUUAAACCCUCUAGCUAUUGCCAGCGAGGUGCUUCUUCUUAGCAUGUUUAUAGCAGCACUUUAAUAUUUAAUUAUGCUUUAAGUAAGUUUCAUAUUUUUCUUUUUAAAUGCAUACUGUAUCCAGUUAUUUAUUACAGUAUUUAGCAGUGAUAGGUUCUGAGUAUCAGAUACUAUAUAGAUAUAGUAUAUAGAUUAUGGGUGCUGAAUUCAGUCUGACACAUCUAUACUUUUAUGAUUGUUAUGGCCCCUUCAUAAUUUGUAUUUGAUAUAGGUAUAUAGGUAACAAACUCACAGCAAAACCAGGAAUGGAUCAAACUGCUAUGCAAUGGAAGUCUUAUUUCCAUCCCUGGAAUGGUCUCACAUCAGAGCUAAGCUCCAGUCGGAAUGAUCCAAUUACAUUGUUCUGAUAUGGCACAGACUGGCUGCCUGCGUUUGUUUCAGCAGCCCCAGGUUUGAAAGUGUGAAGUGCUUAAACCUAGGACUGUAGCUACAUUACCUUUACCUCAGGGAUCGACAACAUUAGCACUGCCAGUGGAUUCCGUUUCAGGACUUUGAUCCAACCAGUUCCUUCCCUGAUCUCAGGAUAAGCAGCACAUGACUUUAGUCUCCAGUGCAACCAACAGACAGCCAUUUCAAAGCAGAUGUAUAAUGUGCAAGUAUAUACAUAUUAUAUACAAUGAUAUAUACCUUUUACAUGUUUUGCAUGUGUAAUUGAUUGUGUAAUUGCUGCAUUGUAGAAUGCAAGGAGUGCUGAAUAAAGUGAAGUAUAUUUGAAAUAAAAAAACAUUGGUUA